AUGUUGACAAAUGAUAGUACUGACUCCAUUCUCGAAAGCAUUUUAAAAGAAAUAUUGUCAGAAGUAUUAUUUUAAAUGUAAAUAUAGAUGUUGUAAUUACUUGAAUAAAAUAUAAGAUCGAAGGAGGAGUUGCAAAUCAUAUAAGAUCAUCUGCAAGAUUAUGAAAAUUUGCAACAGUUAGCAGAAACUAUGAAAUUUAUUUUCGAUGUGCUUAGAAAAAAGCUUCAAGGGACUAAUAAUUCAGAGAAAUAUUUCAAAUGCGAAUCAAAAUCAGAGCACUAUCAAAAAUUAGAAUAGGCAAUUCAAAAAUAAGAAUAAGACAUAAGAAUUCACAUUAGAGUAUGAUCAAAUGAUGUAUAGAUUUAGUUAGGCAUAACAUGAGAUGAAGAUAUACAUUGAUACAAUAUAAUAAUAAUUAGAGGAAUCAGAAUAAAUUAGAAAAGAAUAUCUUCAAGAAACAACUUAAUUAAUUCAAGUAACAUUUGAGUUUAACUUAGAAACUUAAAAAAGAAAAUCAUAGUUUGAUUCAGCAAUUGAAAUAAUAUACACAAAUCUAAAAACAACAAACUGCAUAAAAUUCUAGGAGAGAUAGCAUAUCAACAAUAAAUGUCAUUUUCUAAAAAUAACCGUCUAAAUCAAAUCAUUUAGGAAAUAAUUAAGAGAAAUAGGAACCAUGGAAUAAUAGCUAAAUAAUUAAAUGGCAAUUAACUUAAAACAAUAGUUAAAUUCAAUUAUUAAAAAAUAAGAAUUCUUAGAGAUCAUUGACUUAAAGACAAUUAUAAGCAAAGUACAAAUUUUUAGAUAUAUAUAAAUAGUAGAAAUAAAAGUUAUUCUUUAGGAAUAAGUAAAUAGAACUCGAUUAAUGGCAGCUUUAUAUAGAAACUGAUACCAGAAUAGGGAUCGAAAAGAAAGAGCUUGCAUGCAGAAAGUCAUCGACCAAAAGGUCUCACCGAUUAGCAAAAAUAAUCAUAAAAAUGA